AUGCUUACGACAUCGUAUAGUACCAAUGCAGCCGGCAAAAACGACACAACAAAGCGUAGUACUCAGGACGCUCAAGCCACAACCUCUACCAAGUUUAGCCCCGAGCCUCAAACGGAACCGUCUUACACAUCCUCUGUAUCAGAAGCUGCUGCAGAAGGAAACGAAAAACCGCUACCCUUUUUAUCUAAGCCACUAGGCGUGUCUAAGCGACCAACACCAGAGCGGCUAUCAUGGGGUGAAAGACACGCAGAGUGGUUUGACCGCGAUGCGCGACUCGAGAAGCGCCGACUCAUCGUGAAAGAAGCCACUCGUGGCUAUUUCCAUGAUUUCCACGAGAUUCGUUCCCACGGCGGCAAGACAUGGCGUAGCCCUAACACAAUGAUUCGUGCUGAUAAAGCGCUUUAUUUCCCUGACCUCGAGGGUACAUGUCUUGCGGACAAAUCUAAGAAGCACACAUCCGAGAUGCUAUUUGAUCGCGUGUCGAUUGUCUCGAUUGUCACAUCCAAAGUGUCUGAAGAACACACGCGAAGCUUCUAUGGGCCAGCUCUGGAGAGAUUCCGCUCAAAUCCGCACUUUCAGCUGGUUCAGAUCAAUUUGCAAGAAAAUUCUCUCAAGGCCUACCUCAUCUCCCUCUUCCUGUCAUCGCUACGUUCGCAGGUUCCUGCUGACCUCCAGCCCACGUACCUGCUGUGCCAGCAAAACAUGGACUUAAUGCGUGAGGCUAUGGGACUCCAUAACAAGCACGUCGGGUAUACCUACCUAGUCGGGCCGGAUGGCAAGAUUCGCUGGGCUGGUAGUGCAUUUGCAGAGGCAGAAGAAGCCCUCGCUCUCGUGGCAUGCACAGGCGUGCUGCUGGACCGUAUGGCGCCUGGGUCACGCGAGAGCCGUCGACGACAAAGCGGCAGCGGUGGCGCUUCAUCGUAA